AUGCCUUAUAUUAAAUGUUUACCGUCAACUUAUAAUACCACUUUGUAUUUUACUCCUGAGGAACUUAAGUUGUUGAAAGGUUCCCCUGUGUUGUCAGAAACAUUCACUCAUUACCAGAGUAUUGCAAGACAGUAUGCUUAUUUUUAUAAACGUCUUCAGAACAACCAUUUUGCAAGUAAACUCCCACUUCGAGAAGGAUUCACUUACGACAGUUACAGAUGGGCAGUGUCAUCUGUAACAACCAGACUAAAUCAAAUUCCUACCACUGAUGGCAGCCAGAUGACAUAUGCUCUCAUCCCCCUUUGGGACAUGUGCAACCACUGUAAUGGUCAGCUGUCUACUGAUUUUGAUCUCCUAAAGAACAGCAGUGAAUGUUAUGCCAUGGCCGACUUCAAGAAGGAUGAGCAAGUUUUUAUCUUCUAUGGGUCUCGCCCAAAUGCCCAACUCCUUCUGUACAAUGGGUUUGUCUAUCCUGAAAACCUGUGUGACACUUAUGCUAUCAAAUUAGGUGUCAGCAAGAGUGACCCCUUGUUUACACUAAAGAAAAAGGUGCUGGGUCUUGCCAAACUCCCCAUAGCCCCGUUUCAUCUCCGUCCGGGCCCUAAGCCAGUCAGUUCUGACCUAUUGGCCUUUCUUCGAGUCAGCUGUAUGGAUGAACCCAAAUUGCAGGAACUCCUCCAAGCAGGAAACUUGGAGAACUUGCCCUCCCUUUUGAAAAAUGAGGAGGCUGCCAUUUCUGUUGAGAAUGAGUUGAAGGUUUGGAACUUCCUAUCUGCGCGUAUUGAACUGUUGUUAGGUAUUUAUCCAACAACGCUUCAAGCGGACAAAGUACAGCUUGAGAACAAGGAGUUAAAUGACAGAAGUCAUGCCGCCUUACAGUUGAUUAUCUGUGAAAAAACAAUCUUGGAAAAUACACUUAUGUAUGCUAUGAGCAAAAAGCUGUCCCUAAGUUAA